GGUCGGGUCACAGGCCUGCGGCGUCUCGGUCGUUGUCCGGGUCCACCCAGAUUCCCGCUCUCCGGGGAGACUUUCCUUCGAAGGCGGGGCGAUGCCGGAGAACCGGCAACUGAGGGUCCACUCCGGGAACACGCCUCGUCCCGCGCCCACCAUGGAGCCGGCGGCUGGCGGGGACUGGGCCCACAGCCGCCCCGCGCUCGACCGGCUGGAGAAGCUGCUGCGCUGCUCGCGUUGCACUAACAUUCUGAGGGAGCCUGUAUGUUUAGGAGGAUGUGAGCACAUCUUCUGUAGUAACUGUGUAAGUGACUGCAUCGGAACCACAUGUCCAGUGUGUAACACGCCAGCCUGGAUACAAGAUGUGAAGAUAAACAGACAGUUGGACAACAUGAUCCAGCUUUGCAGUAAGCUUCGAAGUUUGCUGCAUGAGAAUGAGCUUUCAGAUUUAAAAGAAGAUACGUCCAGGAAAAGCUUAUUUAAUGAUGCAGAAAGUAAGAAGAAUUCAAUAAAAAUGUGGUUUAGUCCUCGAAGUAAGAAGGUCAGGUACGUUGUAAGUAAAGUUUCAGUGCAAACUGAGCCUCAAAUGAUAAAUGAUGAAAAUGCUCAGCAGGCCUCAGCGUACGAAUAUGUUUCUACAAGUCCUCCAGUGGAUGUUUCCGUGAGGGCUAAAAAGGCUUCUACAAGAUCUGGAAAAAGACAGAAGAAGAAAACUUUAACUAAAAUCAACCAAGAAUGGAAUUUAGAUGUAGAUAAAAAAGAUGGUCAACUUGACUCCAAAGAGGAAUCUAAGGAAAAGCUGGUAUCUUUCUGUAUCCAACCAUCAGUUAUUGCUAGUCCUCAGAGAAAUGGUGAAAUAGACUUACUAGCAAGUGGCUCCGUAGCAGAAGAUGAAUGUGUUGGAAACUUAACUGAAGUCUCUCUGCCAUUGGCUGAGCAAAUAGAGUCACCAGAAAUUGAGAGCAGGGAUGAGGUAGUGAUUCUUGAGAAGAAUCCCCCUGAAAAUGACCUUACAUCUAAGAAAUCUGUGCCCGUAAGUCAUAAAGGAAAACGUGGGCGUCGCAGGAGACCGUCCAGUCCCAUUUCUAAGAGACGUAGGAGCAGCACUCCCAGCACCAGUAGAAAUUUUGUGAAGCAAACGGUGCCCUCAGAAAAUAUGCCAAAACCCGGCUCUUCCUUGCCAUCUUCAAGCAACCUUAAAGUCGGUGGCACAGGAAGGAGAAGAAACAGUGACGCAUUAGAUGAAUCCAUUAGCUCUUCACCAGGUACACCACCACCUGCACUGAAUAGUACAAGUUACAGACGGAUGCUGCCCAGCCCCUCAGCCACGAAGCUGCCACCCAGUAACCUUACGGCUGUGAAAAGAAAUCAUAAGGGAGAGACUUUGCUCCAUAUUGCUUCAAUUAAGGGCGACAUACCUUCUGUUGCAUACCUCUUACAAAAUGGAAGUGACCCGAAUGUUAAAGACCAUGCUGGAUGGACGCCGUUGCAUGAAGCCUGCAGUCAUGGGCACCUGCAGGUGGUGGAAUUGUUACUCCAGCACAAGGCACUGGUGAACACCACUGGGUAUCAGAAUGACUCACCCCUCCACGAUGCGGCUAAGAAUGGGCACGUGGACAUAGUCAAGCUGUUACUGUCCUAUGGAGCUUCCCGGAACGCUGUUAACAUAUUUGGCCUGCGACCUGUGGACUGCACAGAGAGUGAACCGUUGAAAUCGCUGUUGCUGCCGCCGCCAGAGAAGAAUGAAUCGUCAUCAACUAGCCAUUGCUCAGUAGUGAAAACUGGCCAGCGUAGGGAUGGACCCCUUGUACUCAUAGGCAGUGGGCUUUCUUCAGAACAACAAAAAAAGCUCAGUCAGCUUGCAGCAAUUCUUAAAGUUAAAAAAUGUGCUGAGUUUGACAGUACAGUAACUCAUGUCAUUGUUCCUGGUGAUACAGUUCAAAGUACGCUAAAAUGCAUGCUUGGGAUUCUCGGUGGGUGUUGGAUCCUAAAAUUUGAAUGGGUGAAAGCUUGUCUACAAAGCGGAGCAUGGGCGCAGGAAGACGAGUUUGAGAUUUCCGGGGGACCACAGAGAAGCAGGCUCAACAGAGAACAGCUGUUGCCAAAACUAUUUGAUGGAUGCUACUUCUAUUUUGGAGGAAUCUUCAGACACCAUCCAAAGGACAACCUUAUGAAGCUCGUCACUGCAGCUGGGGGCCAGAUACUCAACAGGAAGCCCAAGCCAGACAGCGACGUGACUCAGACCAUCAAUACGGUCGCGUACCAUGCUAACCCAGAUUCUGACCAGCGCUUCUGCACACAGUACAUUAUCUAUGAGGAUGUGUCCAGUCAUCGUCCAGAGAGGGUCCGACAAGGCAAAGUCUGGAUGGCUCCUUCCAGCUGGUUUAUAGAUUGUGUGAUGUCCUUUGAGUUGCUCCCUCUUGACAGCUAA